AAUGAAUUGCAGCAUUAUGAUCCCCUUAAAAAGAAUGUUCUUAAACGAAAUUUCUUUCAAACAUUGAUCACCACGUGAGAGACUUUUCUGGAUCAGAGAUAGUCGAUCAACAAACAAUAUUUUAAACUGAGUAUGAUAUUGUAUUACAUUAUUGUUAAAACUACAACGAAAAUAAUAAUAAAAGUAACGGAAUAAAUUUUUAUAGAAUUUUAACCAUGUUAAUCUGCUAUAUAUGCUUUUGCGUCAAAGAAUUUUUUUCAAGUACUAGCAUUUAUGAUGUAUUUUGCAGGGGUUUUUUUUACCAUUUUGACUUAUCUGGAUCAGAUAUUAUCAGAUUCAAAUUCGAAGAUCAAAUUUUCUUGAAUAAGAUUUAUUAAAAGCUAAU